AUGGCAGCGAUAACAUCUAAUCCCACAAUAUUCCCAACCGAAAUACUCGCUGAAAUCAUCGCCAACGAGACACUCACCCCUGCAGACCUGCGCCGCUGUCAGCUAGUUUGCAGGCUGUUCCGCGACAUCAUACAACAUUACCCAAGGUGCAACUACAUCCUCCGAAUCGGUCACUACUCUCAACAAACAUGGCGGUUGGUCCGCUGCCUUCUCGCCAACCCAAAAAUCGGCCAGCGCUUUCGGUCGAUAACAAUAGCUUGGGGUCGGCCGCAUUAUAUCAUCACGCCUUCGGGAGCUGAAGAGCUAUUGCGGUGGAGGUGGACGGAGGAAGAGAUGAACCAAAUCAGCGCGUUGGCAGACGAACUUUUAGGCCCACAGAGUCUUCGAGCAGUAUUUGGGGGUGUGGAUUGUGCGAGUCUCAUCCCUCUUCUGUUGUACUACAUGCCAAACUUAGAAUUCAUGGACUUGGGUUAUCCCGAUAAUGGUAUGAGGUUGUCUAGGAACCAUCUUCGUGAACAGCGGGGAAGCAUAGCUAGCAUAAGAUAG